AUGGCAAGUCAUACCGUUACCAUCGACGGAGAAGCUUCCUUUGCAGACAAGAAGCUACAAUGCCAAAAGGCUGCAGAAGAUCUACAAAUCAAAUACAUUAGUAUUGUGGGGGAAUCUUUUGGAAAUGAUGACUCUGGAAUUCUCAAGAGGAUCCUCAAAUUGAUAUCCAUGGAAGGACGGAAAUGGAAUGGAAUCAAGUUACUGAACUGCACCGGAGAUCUUGGCAUGGUGGUUGACGCAGUUUUAAAAACAAAGGUUCGAAAGCUGGUUAUCAAGGAUGCUACAUCUCAUGUUCUAUCAUCUCUUGGCAAAGGAUUGGCUUCGAAUUCAUCUUUAUUGAUAUUGGAACUGCAUGACAUGACGUUGAAUGGUAGUGACAUUCGCUCCUUAUUCGAUAGUCUCAGCAAAAGCCCCAUAAUGGAGCUACACCUUGACAAUUCAACAUUUGUCGGAGACGCACACAUUGCGUUCGGAGAUGGAUUGAGGGUCGCUGAGUCCAUGCAAAGUCUCAGUCUCAAGGGAUGCGGUCUCCGAGACGAGCAAUGUGAAGUGAUCAACAACUCUCUUGUGGAUCACAAGUCACUUUUGGAACUAAAUUUCGAGGGGAAUUCUUGUAUAAAUGAAGGAAUGAAUGCGUUGUCUCGGGUCAUGAAAACAACUAAUCUGUUGGUGCUGGACAUGGGAGCUCAGCAAUUCUCAGAUUCCCAAACCAUUCAACUCAAGGCAUUUGCCGACGCCUUAGAGGUAGCACCCAUUCGAUACGUCCAGCUGUCCGACAACCGGAUCGAUGAGACCAACAUGUCCGAACUUUUUCGAGGUGUUGGAACGACCUCGUCCAUCGAAAUUCUUAAUGUUUCCUGGUGUUCGGUAUCCACCAAGAGUCUUGGGGCUCUGGCAAACGCACUAGGUCAAACUUCGAGCAUACGAAGUGUCAAUUUGUUUGGUUGUGGCAUUGACGACAAUGGCGUGAAACAGAUGGCGAAAUCGCUGCACGCGUGGAAGAUCAAAAAGCUUGACUUGGGCGGACGACAAUCGUACACGGAAGAGGGGAUUUCAGAACUCAUGUCUCAGCUACAAGACAAUAUGUAUCUGGAAGAAAUUCUAUUGAACACCACCACAUGUAUUACGAACCGAUUCUUCUUGGAUGUGAAUCGAGGAGGACGAAAAUUCGUGUUGUACAAGGAUCAGGCACCCGUAGGACUAUGGCCGAAUUUGCUUCACCGGGCGCAGAAAGUUCCGCUACCGAGAACGAGUGAUCUGUGGCUCAGCAAUCUCACUGCAGAGACCGAGAAGAAAACGACAUCGAAAGAACUUGAAUCUGACGAAUCACGACGAGCUAGUGUGUUGUUCCACUUGCUUCGAGAUGGCCUAAUCCCAAGCAUAUAG